AUUGACACGGUCACCAGGUCAACUUAAAAAUCCUCAUUACUGCGAUCGAAUAGAAGAGAUUAAAGAAAAUGACAUUUGGAUCGAGGAUUUUACACAGAGCGUCUAUCUUUAGCCAUUUAUCUAGACCGCGUCAAAAUCAUUUGUCGUGAUAACAUCGAUAUAAAACCUUGGACACCACGUGACUACACACAAGCUUGUAAUGUGCACGUCACACAGGCUUACCUCGCAGUGUUUUCCGCGGUUUUCGCGAGGUGCAAUCUAUCUGCGUUUACACAUUCUUCGUACGCGCUUAAAUCAAACAUAUAACGCAACAGCGUAAAUAACAAUCGAUUUAUAGCGACGAUGGCUGUAAAUCCUGCGAGAGCCGUGCUCCGGCAAGGAAGAACCGCGCUGCUUAUAUGCGACGUUCAGGAAACAUUUGCGAAGGCUAUAUUCCAAUUCGAUAAGAUAGUUGAAAACUCGACGAAACUGGUCAACAUUCUGAAAGUUAUGAACGUGCCCAUGCUGGUCUCCGAACAGAAUCCAAGAUCUCUGGGGAGAACCACGCCAGAACUGAAUAUCUCUGGAGCCAGGGGACCAUUCGCGAAGACGCAAUUUAGUAUGUGUACUCCCGAAAUUAACAGGGAGAUUGCGACGCUUUGCGAUGGACAGAAGCCCGAGUCCGUCGUACUCAUAGGCAUCGAGACGCAUGUCUGCGUGGAAAAUACGGCGAUCGACUUGCGGCGAGACGGCUACGAGGUCCACGCAGUGGCGGACUGUUGCUCGUCGCGUACUCAGGAGGACAGAUCGCUGGCUCUGGAGAGAAUGCGAGACAUCGGAUGCCACGUAACCACCUCCGACAACGUUGUAUUCAAGCUCGUGGGAGACGUAAGUGGCCAACAAUUCAAGAACGUGCUGCCUCUGAUCCCUACAUUUCUAAACUGAUCUCAUCGAAGCGCCAACUCCUGUAACACCCUUUAU